GGAGACUGUGACGCACCAGUAAGAAAGUAACCUCGUCCCGCCAGCUAACGGGAUGCCUGCAGCCGAGUACAAGAUGGCGACGUGAGCGCGCUGCAAUAUGGAGCGGAACAGAGCUGUGAUACUGGUGGCUGUUGCAGUGCUGAGUCUUCUGCCCUCCUUGUCACAGGGGCUGCUGAAGCGCUGCUUCUCGUGCCGGUCUCGCGGCGAGCGCGGGUCGUGCAAGGACCCGUUCAGGUUCAACCUGACGACGGUGGAGCCGGAGCAGGGUCUGGAGGCGGUGCCGUGCGCCUCUGGCUGGUGCGGCAAGUUCAUGGAGGGCGGAGCAGCCUUCAAGGAGGAUGACUACGACAUGGCCACGGAGCGCCUGUGCCUGCCGCGAGGCCCGUCUGACAGCGAGGAGCGCUGCGCAUACACCUCCAGGAACCACAAGAAGGUGUACAUGUGCUUCUGCCAGGGCGACCUCUGCAACUCCGCGCCGGCCCGGCGCGCCCGGCUCCCGGCCUGGCUGCUGCCCCUGCUGCCCCUGCUGUCCCUGCUGUCCCCGGUGACAACGUUCCUCUAGCCUCUACUGCCCCUCCUCCCGGCCUGGCUGCUUCCCCUGCUGCCCCUGCUGCCCCUGGCGACAACCUUCCUCUAGCCUCUACUGCCCCUCCUCCCGGCCUGGCUGCUGCCCCUGCUGCCCCUGCUGCCCCUGGCGACAACCUUCCUCUAGCCUCUAUUGCCCUUCCUCCCGGCCUGGCUGCUGCCCCUCCUGUCCCUGCUGUCCCCGGUGACAGCCUUCCUCUAGCCUCUACUGUCCUUCCUCGCGGCCUGGCUGCUGCCCCUGCUGUCCCUGCUGUCCCCGGCGACAGCCUUCCUCUAGCCUCUACUGUCCCUGGCGACAGCCUUCCUCUAGCCUCUACUGCCCCUCUCCUGCUCGCGUGCGAGGGUACAGCCUGUCUCACUCUUAGAUUAUCCAUUGUUGCCACGUUCAUAACACCCGGCUUGUCAACAUUGUAUGUAUUAUUCAACAUACCGUCGUUAACUCUAAAAUAAGUUUUAUCAUUAUUUUUUAAUUUUGCAAAUUUGCAAUUUUUCUAUAAAACUGUGACCUCCUGGUUGUGACAUAAUCGUUAGCCAGUCCCAGUGCGCCCUGUCGCUAAAGGCUAUUGCUAUGCGAGCUGUAAAUCAGCGAGCUGGCAUCGCCUAGUCGUCCUGCCACCCGCUUGUCUUGUAUGUGGUGCAGGUGUCGCGAUCUUUAGGAGAAAUCGUUCGGGGUGAGAAAUCACACCGUAACAUGGUUAUUACAAUAAUAUAUCGAUGCUGAAUGCCAACGAGAAAUUAAUUUUUAGCAGUCGGUCACUAUUAGUAACACUGCAUUUAAUUAAAUUAUGUUCUAUGCUCAAACUGAGCCAACAUUACUAAUAUUAAACUAUGUAAAAAUAGAGUCCAAGUAAAAAGUAGAAGUAAAAAUUGAAUACUCUCAGACGAUGCUAAUGAUGGAAACAUCAAGAAAACACAUUUACAAAAUUCUCAUUCCGCAUUUUCAAUUUUAAAAAAAUUCUUCAGAUACAUAUUUAAAAAAAUAUAUUUACAUUACAAAGGUGCGUCUAAAACUGUAAUACUCUGUAGCGUAUAUCUGACAACGAAGCACACUGACACAAGGACAGCUCUAAUGACAGAAGUAUACAUUCGAAAGAGAGAGUAAAUGUCAAAAUGCACACUGCAAUCUAAGGAUGAGACUCGUUAUACUCUUGCUACAGUGCAUUACGUAUCUUCAAUUAAAUAAUGUAAUUAUCAAGCAAGAUUAUAUUAUCAAGAACCUCUCAAGAAACGUAUCUACAAAGUGCCAACUGAAGGAAAGAACAUUUUAUUGUGUAAACUUCUGUAUUAUAGAUGUUUGAAAAAUAUUUGUGAGUUGAAUCGUACAUUAAAAAAAAAGUUAUUUUGACUUCAAA